GUCCUACGGCACGCCGAGCCCGUCAUAUGACCCACGGACGCCAGGAGCCAGAGGGGGGAACAGCUGCAGCCGCCGGGAGUGAGUCGGUGUCGUGGUGACGGAAGGCGAAGCGGAACGAGUUGAGCCGGCGAGGCGGACGCAGGGGAGAGAGAGACGCGGGGGGCUGGGCUGCUGUCGCUGCCACCAUGCUGGCCUUGUUGUCUCGGCUGCUGGACUGGUUCCGGUCGCUCUUCUGGAAGGAAGAGAUGGAGCUGACGCUGGUCGGGCUGCAGUACUCGGGCAAGACCACCUUCGUCAACGUCAUCGCGUCAGGCCAGUUCAGUGAAGACAUGAUUCCUACAGUGGGCUUCAACAUGCGGAAGGUUACCAAGGGUAAUGUCACAAUAAAGAUUUGGGAUAUAGGAGGACAGCCACGAUUCCGAAGUAUGUGGGAACGCUACUGCAGAGGAGUUAAUGCUAUUGUCUAUAUGGUAGAUGCUGCAGAUCGUGAAAAAAUAGAAGCUUCUAGAAAUGAGUUGCACAAUCUUCUAGACAAACCACAGCUACAAGGAAUUCCUGUUCUAGUACUUGGAAACAAAAGAGACCUUGCUAAUGCACUGGAUGAGAAGCAGCUUAUUGAAAAAAUGAACCUGGCUGCUAUUCAAGACAGAGAAAUCUGCUGCUACUCCAUUUCCUGCAAAGAAAAGGACAAUAUAGAUAUCACACUUCAGUGGCUUAUUCAGCACUCAAAGUCUCGAAGAAGCUGAAAACGUUCACAUAGCUGCUCAUUUGGCCAUAUUCUCAAUUGUCUACUCCCUCCGUGAUGAAUUGUUAUCCAGGAUAGUCCUCCUGUGUUCCAAGGAAUUGCCUUUUUUUCACAGUUCAUGCCUCCAUAUAUGCACUGCUGAAUGACUUAUAAUCCUACUUCUGUCAAAGAGUUGGCUAGAGUUGUCAUAAGUCGUGCAAAUGUUUUUAUUCAUUUCAUCUAGACAGUGGCAGUGGGUACUUCUUAUCCAGAAUUUUUUUUCUCUCUCUCUCUCUGGUCUUCCUGAUCCAGAUUUUGAUAUUAGAUUUUUCUGCACAAUUAUUUCAUUCUUGUAUGUAGCCGCUCAUUGGAAAUGCUGGCACGUGGUCGCACAGGGAUUAGGUCGAUUCUUAUUAUAAAGCUUUUCCGACACUGUUUAAAUGAGAUACUGUACUAAUUUUUCCUCUCAGAUGCAUGUGAUGUUUAUUGUAAAAAGGUUUCAAUGGAAAGUAAGAGGCACUAGAAUUAAAUCACUAAAUUAUCAUAAAUUCUCAAACUGUAUUCCUCUCAGUGAAUAAAAAAUUUAGGUUGUCAGCUUUUUUCUUUUGGGCAUUGUACAGGGCAUUGCUAAUUUCUUUAUAUUUGCUAAAGCUCUUUUAAGUGGAGCAAGGAAUAAAAUACUUCAAAAUCAGCCUCUCAAAAAAUUGAACAUAUAAGCAGGUAUUAUGUAACGUUGAAUUAGAUGGAACAGUCACAUCUUUCUUCUAGAAAUGCUUUACACAGGCUACAGCUUUAUGACAUUCUGGAUGUCAUAUUGAUUUCCAGCACAAAAAUAUGUGUCACUGUCUAGCUUAUUCUUCUAUUAAUGGAGUAGUUGUGCACAGUUGCACUUGGUGCUAAAUACCUAGGCUAUUGUGACAACACUAGGUUUGCCUGCUUCUCACUGUGUAAUCAUGUAUAAAGUUCAUAGGCUAUGAAACAUUAAAUUGUGUCUUGAAGCACAAGGGAAUUUAUGAAGUGAUUGUCUUUCUCAGUUAGCUUCUGCAGCAUAUAGGUUAUUUGAACUGGAAAAAUUAACACUACUUUCAUAUCUUUACAUUCUUGGUAGUGUCAAUAUUUAAACAGAUUUGUCAAAGCUGAAGUUGUUGAUGCAGUAAUGUUGAGGUAGGCUACAGUAUGCAAAUACAUGGUACAAGUGUUUUGGUUGCUCCUCACUGUAUUAUUAUUUUUAAAAAAACACCUGUAUGUAUUUAAAUGCUGUUCAAAGCCCUUGUUUAAUAUGUUUGAUGCAUCCAUAGGUACCUUCUUAAUGUGCUUGUUCAAGUACAAAUUGUUUCUCAAAAAUGAACAUUUUAUAUUGGAUCAAGUACUGCUAUUAGCUAUAGUAUGUUUUCUUUUGUUACCUGCAUGCAUAAUGAAACUUCUCUGGCCUUAUAUAGAUAUUCUGUUAUUUUCAAACAUUCUUUGCCAAAAGGCAUGGAUGGUACCUCUACAGUAAUACAUGAAAUGUUUGUAUAAGCCUGUUGUAGUUCAGUCAUAGAUCAUCUGGAGAAAGUAAAAUGAGAAGCUACAGUGGCAGCAAGCCUAAAUUACUUUUAAAGUGUGCUUAAUGCAUUACAAGUGUAAUGUACAAAUUCUAUACUAAAUUGCACCAUUUUCCCCAUAAUGAUUGGACUGAGGUUACAACCUAAAAAUGUGCCCCUGCACAAUAAAUUUUGAGUUAUAACUGCCAUGGCCUUAUUGUUCCCGUACAAAUUCCUGCACUGUUGCAACACACUAGUAUUGCCUCCGUUUACAAAUUGAGCUUGCAAUUUUAACUUCUCUAUGCUUUAAUAAAAUCCUAUAUUGUUGGUGCUGUAGAAAAGGUUCACUGACUCCCGAUUGUAUAUGUAGCUCACUAUGGACUGCUGUAUUUGACAAGAGCAAUUCUGCUUGUGCCUAAAAAUAUAAGGAAAUUGAAUUAGAACAUGUCAGCCUUUCCUGCAAGAACUAAAUUAUUGUUUAGGUAACUGGCCUUUUGCUGAAUUCAAUAUAUUUGGGAUUUUAGUGUAUACCACACAGCUUUCAGUGUUUUGACGUCCCCAAACCACUAUCAACUUUUUAAUCUUGCAUUAAUCUUGGCAUGUGAACAACUUACACAUUUAUGAAAUUAUGUAAAUAUGUGAAUUUUUUUAUUUAGUGGAAUGCGUUUUAUUUGUUUACUGCUAUUUAGCUUUAUCCAAUAAACUUUAAGUUUUCAGGGUCAUGUUGAUAUUUAUAUAACUUGACUCCUCAAGAAUCGUUGUCAAGUUGAAAUAUGUAAGAGUACAUAUCUAUUCCAGUUAUUUAACUAAAACUUGAGUGUGUGCUUUAUAUACUACAAGUAACUGAAGUGCCUGAGUUAGAGACCAUUUUCUCUCUCCAUCGUGUAUUCUAAAAUAAGAGCACAUGAACCAUGUUUUGGUAUAAUGGUUAAAGGUCUUGAGUUCUACUUCUGCCUUAGAUAUGAAACCAGCUUUGGGCCAGUCAGUCUGUCAGCCUUAGGAAGAAAACAAGGCCAAGUGACUCUUAUAAUCUUAUCAAGAAAAUCUUAUCAAGAAGAUUGCAGGAGUCAAGACUUGCUUGAAGACCAACAGAAAAAAAUAUAGCCAGUUAUCUAUCUUACUUAAUAGAAACAUGUUUUCUGUACAUUUUCUUUUCUCCAAAAAUACUGCUUACCCACUAAGUGCUUAAAACUGGGAUAGAAAAAUUAGAAUAGUUUCAAAUCCACCAUAUAUUAGUUCAACUCUCUCAAAAGAGCAGAAUCACCAGCGAAGGGAAUUAAAAAAAAAAAAAAGGGAGGGGGUUUCCAGCUUUCUCCAGCAGAGACUUUUGGCAUGUUUUCUUCAAAUUAAUGUAUUGGUCCUGAGAUGAGUAGAACUUCUGCCAGUUUAAGAUAGCAUAAUGUGACAAAGAUACUGCCCCGUCACAAAACAAUUAUAUAUGUUUGCAUGUAACUGAAUGGUCACAUCUGAUUUAUUCUAUUUGCUUUUGAAGCCAAAUUUGCUUUUGAUUUCUAUUUGCUUUUGAAGCCAAAUAGCGAAAUUGAAGUGGAAUUGAUAAGUAGUAGCAUUAGCUGACCUUCACUUAAGCAUAAGGCCUGCUGGAUAAGACCAAAAUUCCUCUUACAGCAACUUUUUCCUGCAGGGGCCAACCCAAUAUUUUUGGGACAGAGACAUACUUACUCUGUGCUGUCAUUGUUCCUUUACUGUUGAUGAAUGCUGUUCUAGUACAAGGGGGGAAAGUUAAUUUAAAACAUAGCCAAAUUCUAAUCACUAGACUAGAGCUUUGCCUCUUGACUAGGAAGUCUAGAUUCUUUCAAAAGUUCCACUGUGUAAAAGUUUUGAAAAGCCUUAUAAUAAACUUUUAAGGAAAAAGGAUGCUUAUCAUUUUCUCCAGAUUG